AUGCUGGCACAGAGGAAGUGGAACACACUAAGCGAACUGUUCCAGGCCCUUAUAAAGUGCAAGCUUAUUGAGUCCAAGUAUGCACAUCUUUCAGUUACCCAGACAAAAGUUGUCUUUCUUGAUGUACGCAGCAACUUGCUGUCGGGGGUUGGGGUGAAGGUGAGAGAAGGGAUGACAGCGCAUGAAAGACCUGGUUCAGCUGCAGGAGAAGAACGUACAAGUAUUUCUUCCCCAAAGGAGACCUUAAUAUACUGCUCAUGGAAUAAGCUGGCAAAAACAUUGAUUGGCGAAUAUGACUUCCGCAACUUCUGCAAAUUCAAUGUUAAAGAUGGCAUUACAAACUAUGUUCGAAAAAUCAUGGAGGUUGAAGUCAAGACUCUAGAUGAGACCGAUGACAGAUUCACAAUGUGCGAACUCACGAUCGUCGGGAGGGCGUUCCUGUGGCAUCAGAUUCGCAGCAUCUUCUCUGUUGAAGUGAAUAAACCAAACUUCACUGUUAGUUCGUCUCGGGUCCAAAAUUACUAA